GGAACAGGGUGGAAGCCAGCCCACAUCCCAUGGCAAAGAACAGUCGGCUAUUCUUCUGGAUGAAUUGGAGGAGAGCGCAUCGGGGGACAUAUUCUAUAGCAUCUCAGGAUGUGGGAAAUACAUUUGUCAAACGGAAUUGCAUGUAUAUGUCCAGGGAAGAGCAGGAUGAAGUGAUGGAGUGCGGCUAUGAGGGUUAGUAUGGGCCGGUGCUGACAGCAGGCUGCUGGACCAGUCGUCCCCUCCGCUCCUCGGCUGCCGGCUGGCGGCUCAGCUUUCCCGGCGUCCCGUUACUCCCAGCCCCAUGCAAAACAGAACUGUCCCGGGAAGCUCCAGCAACAUAAACUCCAAUGUUCUUUGCUCAUGCAACUGCACCGGAUCCCAGCCACAGGGCAUGGAUAUAUCUGAACUGGAGUUUGUUCAGAUAGUAAUUAUCCUGGUGGUGAUAACGGUGAUGGUAGUCGUGAUCAUCUGCCUCCUCAACCACUAUCGUCUGUCAGCCCUGGCCUUCCUCAGCAGAAACAGCCAGGCCCAGAGAGCCCAGGCCACUCAGCUGGAUAGCAGUGUGUGGUCAGACAGUGUGUUGACUCAGCGGGGAACCACUGAAGUGUUGUGUGGGCGUCUAACCAGCAACGUCCCAUCCUACAUGCAGCAGCAGCAGCAGCGUCUAUGUCGCUUCCAACCCACCUACCCCUACCUGCAGCAGGAGAUCAUCGACCUCCCCCCCACCAUUUGUCUCUCAGAUGGGGAGGAGCUGCCGCCCUACAAGGGUCCCUGCAGCCUGCAGCUUCGCCACCCAGAGCAGCAGCUGGAGCUAAGCCGAGCCUCGGUGCGCGCACCCCCCAACCGGACUAUCUUUGACAGUGACUUCAUUGACAUUUAUAUCCAUGGCAGGAGUCUGCAGCCACCCAGCAGUAACUCGGGAGUCAGCGCAGCCAACGCCAGGAUGGAAGGUCCACCACCCACUUACAGUGAGGUGAUGGGACAGUACUCUGACUUCACAGUCUUUCACAGCCAGUAUAGCAAUAAUGUCCCGCCCCCGGGCUGUAGGUUAGGAAUCAGCAGUUCCCAGACACUGUUCCAGGCUGACAGCGGUGGCCAUGAAAGCACAACGGCGGCCACCAGUGGCAACAAUAAGGACAGUCAGCAGGAGAAACUGGUGUGAAAAAAGGAAGAGUUGGGAGAUGGAAUGUACUAAACAACCUCAAUUUACUCCCUUCUGUCACCUUAUUGAGGAGCAGCCACCAACCUGAGCUCUUUUCCCUCCCCUUGAAACACAAAUGGAAUAAAAACCGAGGAGCCAAGCUUAUAAAAAGGGUCUUUUUUUGUAAUGUUUGAGCUAGAGCUGUGAGCUUUCGCUUGGAUAUUAUGGCUUAAUUAAUAAUCAUUUUGUUUGUUUUUGUAUAUUUUUGUACGGUUAUCAUUUUUAUAUGUUCAGAUUGUGGGCAUGUUGGACUUGGAAAGAUGACUCAGUCCAGGCAUUGGGAAAAAAAAUGGGCAUUUUUGUUAUUUAUUAUUUCCCAGAUCCGUGCACAAAUCUUCAAAAUCCAGUCAAAUCUAAAAUUUUGUAGUGCCAUGAUUCACAGCAUCAUUAAUCAGAGGAGUGUAUGUAACAGAAGCAAAUCUGAAGUUGCACUAACUUACUGUUUGAAAGCAGAGAAUGCUUCUGUAAUUCUGAUUUUCCAGUCAAUGAGUUCCUCAGUCGCAUUGUUAUUGUAUUUGUUAUGGGUUUCUUUUCUUUCCAUCUGUUGAGAGACUCUGUUCCAGCCUAAAAUAUUCACGUUAAUAGAUUCAACUGUUUUUCUAGUUCUGUUUCCUGAGGGAGACGUUCCAUCCAAUCAUUGUUUAGAUGUUAACAUCUCUGCAAGCCAGUCCAGUAGCACUGUGUGUGUGCUAGUCCAUUGUUUUCACAGGGGCCCAAAAGCAAUUGGAAUUAUGAGAAGUUUAGUUUACAUAUGGUAUGUCCCUGUGGUUUUCUGUACAAUACCCAGCAUUGCUCAUGUGAAGUACAGAUUCUAAGGAAAUGUGCUUUACAUUUCUUAAAAGGUCCUCUUCAACGUCAUGCAUGGCAACGGCUGGUCAAAAUCAAAGUUUUUCAGUUAAAUCAAUACUGAACUAGACAUUUUUGACCCUCUGGUUCUUGAAUUGGUUCUGUUCAGGAUUCUUGGAACCAAGGUGCUAACUAGUGAAACAGCCCACAUUUGCACCAGUUUGGAUGCAACCGAGCGGUCGCUGAGUCGCUGGUCACUGACUCCAGCGCUGCUGUGGCUGAACUCAGUCCCAGUCUGCUGGUUUGUUGGUCUAUGACCAGCACGCCAUCAAGAGGUUAAUAACCCUCUCCCAUAUUACCCUGUCCACUUUUCACUUUCCACUAGAUCCCAGGAGUCUCUGUACUAUCACUACUUCAUUUUUUUUUAACUUGAUUGUGUUUUUUACAAGAUACAAUUUACUUUUUCCAGAACUCCCUACCAUCUUUUCCUGAAUAUCCAAAUCAAAAGGAAUCUAUCUCCAGCUUUCCCUGUAGAAUAACACAUGUCCACUCUUGUUAUCGCCAUGGUUCCCACUUAAGGUCCUACUAAUUUUUUUUCUUGUUCUUGGUGAGAGCCAUCUUUUUGGGUUCCAAAUCAAUUCAUUUUUGGUCGAAAAUUAGGUUUGCAAACAGGAACUGAACCAGUUCCUCAAUGGUCAGUAAGGCCAGUUUGUGGACUUAGGAUAAACAAACAAGUAAAGAUUCAGUCCAACAAUGUUAGAGAGUGUUAUUUCUACUUCUACCGCUAGUUUACACUAGCUAGUUAAAGCUGAUGUCCUUGUCUAAUUUAUGCACUUUCACUAGCUACCCUUUGGUUAGGAAUUUAUUGAAAACUUUGCACCAAAAGACUAUGUCAGAGUGCACCUGUCUGGAAUUGGCUUCAGUGUAGUGCUGGUAGUAUGCUGUCUGAUAUUAUACAUUACAUGUUUGCUUUUCCUAAGUCCACUCAGAUGUACAUCUCAGAGAGCUCAAUCUGAAAGGAGGAAACUGAAUUUGAACUGAGAAGUUUUUAAGUAAUUGUUCAAGUUAAAUUCAAGAAUAAUCACAUUCAGUUUUGAUCCACCUGUAUUAAUUUAAAAUUAUACUUUAAACCUUUGAAAUUAUUUACUUUACCUUUAAAUAUUUUUUAAAAAGUAAUUAUUUAGUCAUAUUUUAAUAUAGUGGUUCAGUAUGAAUAAAACAGAUUCAAGUUUAUGAAGUUCAAAUCCAGUCUCUGCUGGCACUGAUCUCUUUAUGUACAUGGCCUCACAUCAGACCUAACCUUUCAUCUCAUCUAAUACGGGAAGAGCCUCAUUCCAAAAUGAGAUAUUCUAUAACUGGAAAAUAUGUUCAUAUAAAGAUUAGUGAUUGAAGUAAAACUCAUCUAUUAUUAGCUAGCUACCAAAAGACAUGUUCCAGCAAAAUACAAUUUUUAACAACUGAAUUGUUUUAACUUUUGAAAUAUGUCAUGCAUUUUAACAAGUAUUCAAAAAAAAAAAAAAGGCUUUUUUUUAGAUGAUUUUUUUCAGCAUUUCUGCUUUAUUUGACAGUCACAGUGGAGAUAGACAGGAAAGGCAGGGUAGAGAGGGGGGAUGACGUGCAGCAAAGGACCUGAGGUUGGAUUCGAACCCUGGUCACUGCGGUCGGGACUAUGCCCUGGUACAUGGUACAUGCUCUUUACCAGUGAGCCACCGGUGCGCCCUAAUGUGGCAUUUUUUAAAUUAAAUCUCUGAAUGACUUUAUUGACUGUGUUAGUUCUUCUGGAGAAUUACAGAUGUCAGUAGGAACAAAGGGGAAAAUCAUUCACCCUUUUGAUUUGCUAUAAAUUAAAGCAAAGGCUGAUUUGGAUUUGUUGACAAAGAUUUGAAAACUGAAGCUUUGGCCCAUGUGUUUCACAGAAAAUAAUAUGACAAUUGGUAUGGAGUUGGAUAAAGAGUGAGGUUAUGAAGGUUUUGAAUGCUUCUGAGAUGUGGACUACUUUUUACAAAAAACACUUUGUGGGCUUUCUGUUUUAGAAAGAACCACAUAAAAAGAGUAUUUAUUCUUAUUUAUUUUAUGUAACAUUUUAAGGGUAUGUUUUGUUUUUGUUGUUUUCCAUAAAUGGCAAAGCCAUUUGAUGACUGGUAGCUAUAAAUUUAAUUUGUUCAUGUUUGGGCAGUGAAUUUCAUUCACCCAAGUUUGUACAUCCAUGCUCACUUGCAUUAUGAAAUCUGAAAUUUGAACUGAAUGAAAAUGGCCAUUGUGUGAUUCCAGCAGACAGGAGCCUGGCCUUAGACUUCAAACUUGAUUCUCCUGGUUUCUGCUCCUUGUCACUCAUUCUGAGCACCCAGCUGAAGCUCUGGUAUUCAGUAUUGCUGCUGCUAUGCGCUGCUGCUUCUUGCUGCUACUGCUGCUGUUGUUAAUGUUAGUAUGUCAGCUUUUCCCAUCAGUAUGUGUUGAAGAUGUUAUUUAGAGGAAAAGUAUCGAAGGUCAAUGUUAGUGCUCUUUUUUGUGUUUCCUUAUCACCAAUAGGCAUUUUGUUUUCAUAGUUUACAUAUAUAAAGUACAUGUUUUUCCUAUUUGUUUUCAAAAGGGUUUGCAUGAUAUAUAUAUAUAUAUAUAUAUAUAUAUAUAUGAGCUAAUUCGGUGCCUGAUGGUGACGUUGGAGCAGCUGUAGGAAACCACUUACACUCAAAAAGCCCCCACCUUUUUUGUGCCUCACUUCCAAUGGUGCUUUUUCAGUGGUCUGACUCUGUUUAUUUGUACAGUGCUGUAUAUAAGUUUAAUAUAUUAUGCACAUGUUCUACCCAAUGGGUAGAAAAACCACAAGAGAAACAUUGUUAAUACUGUAACAUAAUGUAAAGAAAACAUUAAAGAAAAAUGUAACGUAAGUGGCCUCAGUUUUA